CAAUUGAUAUUCUCCAGCAAAAGCAAGUUUGCAUCUUGAAGAUCGUUCUGAAUUUGUACAGCAGUAACAAUGCAGAAAGUUUUAUUUGUGUAUUUAUGUGUUCUUAGCGCAUUUGUUUUUGUAGAAGCAAGGCCUAGGUGCAGAAACAACAACUGUAAUCGUGGCGGAGGCCAAUAUGGUUAUACUCAAGAACAAUAUAAUGGCCAAUACGGAUACAAUAGCCAAUCAGGAUAUGAAAUAGACUCAAACAAUAAUGGUGGGGGACAAAGUGAAUAUAGUAGUGGAGGCGGUGGAAAUAAUAAUGGCGGAUACAGCAAUGGCGCAUACGGUAGCCAUGGAAGUCGCGAUAGCGAAAGAUUUGAUAUCAGCAGCUUUAUACCACAAGAUUGUCCGAAUUGUAGGAUAAAUAGCUUAGGUAAUGGUAACUGGAACACUAACACAUUUAAUAUAGAAGAUUAAGUGUACGUGUAGAUCUAAGAACAACUACAUAACAUAGACCACAUUUAAUUCUGUCGUGAUAAUUUAUAAUAAGCAAUUUAUGUGCAACAUAAUAAAUAAUUUUAAAACU